AUGAGCAUCAGUAGCAGCCGCAGCAGCGCUGCUCGGACGUGUGCAACAGCAUCCGCAGCAGCACCACCCGCAGCAGCAGAAGCAGCAGCAGCAACAACAGCAACAGCAGCAACAACAACCGCAACAGCAAGAACAACAGCAGCAGCGGCAGUAGCAACAGCAGCAGCAACAUCAGCAGCAGCAGCAGCAGUAGCAACAGCAGCAGCAACAUCAGCAGCAGCAGCAGCAGCAGCAGCAGCAGGUGUUUGA